CACUAUCACAUCGGUUCUUAUUUCAACCGAGUUGACAGCUCCGUUCUGGCAAAUAAAAAUUGUGUUUUUUGCUCGUCGCAAAGCGCAAAAAAAGCAUACGGAUUCGAUUAACUCACAACUAGCUAUUGAUAACGUGAAGCAAAAUGUCGCGUCGUUCCAAUUUCAUUGAGGGCAACGACAAUUUUCGCGACCAGAACUUGCGAUUUGUGCGGAACGAGUUCGAAGACAACAUUAACCAGUUCUUUGGAGGCGCAAAUCCGGAGGGCGGUGGCCCCCAGCAGAAGCCGCCGCCGCGGGACUCGCUAAUUGUCCAGCCGACCGCAGGAAACAGCGACCUGGACAAUCGGCGCCAAUUUCUCCGCGACCUCGGCGCCAGUCGGGUGUUGGCCAACGCCCUGGCGCAGCGCACCUUCAGCGUGCCCAAGUUCAACCUGCGCCAGUUCCAGCGCCAGAGGUUCCGCCUCAGCGUCGAGCUGGGCGACAGUCACCAGGAUGUGGUGGACAAGGAGGUGCUUCGGGCCAUCCAGGAUGCGGUGGAGGGCCACGACGAUGACGAGUCGCGUCCACGCACUCCAUCGCCGCCGCGGAACAUUGAUUGGCACUGUGCCAGGCGGGAUAAUUCGCCGGCGAGGAACGACCGAUCGCGUCCUAGGAAUCGGCAAAGGGAGCAUAACUUCGCAGACCGGAGGGACAACAAUCGCGGACAUGUGGAACAGCAGAACCCAGGACGGGAGCCAAUCAAUCGAAAUCGGAAUUUUAAUCGCAAUAAUCCUAGCGUGAAUCCUGCAGUCGAAUUCACUCGUAACAACCGCGGUGCAAUCCAGCAGGAACCCAAUCGCAAUGCAAAUGCGCAGGACAUUAAUCGAAAUAAUCGGAAUAUGGACAGAAGUGAAUUUAAUCGAAAUAAUCGCAAUGCAAACGACCUAGAACCCAACCGGGAUAAUCGAAAUGCAAGUUUCAACCGAAAUGAGAGUUCACGUCCUAAUCCACAGGAAUUCCGUGGUCCUAAUAGAAAUGCGAAUCCCCAGGAACUCCGUGGUCCUAAUAGAAAUACCCAGGAAUUCAGUCAGCCUAAUAGAAAUGCAAAUGCCCAGAACUUCAAUCGCUCUAUUAAAAAUCAAAAUCCCCAGGAUUUCAAUCGCCCUAUUAGAAAUCAAAACCCCCAGGAGUUUAAUCGCAAUAAUCGUAAUGCCAAUCCACAGGAUUUUAAUCGUAAUAUCCGUAAUGCUAAUGAGCAGGGAUUUAAUCACAGUCGUAACGCAAGCAAUGAUGAAUUCAAUCGCAAUAAUCGUAAUCGAAACAAUGAUGAUUUCAAUCGAAAUAAUCGUAAUGUUAACAACAAUGCAUUCCCACAAGGACCUAACCGUAACAAUCGUAAUGCGAAUGCACAAUUCAAUCGCAAUACUUUUGAAGAGGAACCCCACUUCAAUAACCAACAUUUUCAAGGACCAAAUCACCACACCAACAUUCGUGGUCAGGUGACGAACAGAGGUCAACCCUCAAACUAUGAUAAUUCCCAAGUAAACAAAAAUCGCAGGGCUGGUAAUCCGAACUUUGUUCCCAUUCAACAAACCAAAAUGGAUCGAAAUGCGAUAAUCGAUGACGGCAUUCAGCUGCCCAGAGAUCGAUUCCGUUCGCCUGAAGGCCGCCCAAAACAACAUGGGUCAUAUGUUAAUCAGGAUCCAAGUAAUAUGGACGCCAGCAUUGGCGGAAACCGUAGACCUCAAACGGGUCGCAAUUAUCAGCGUAUAGUGAAUGACAAUCAAAUAAUACUAUGUCGCACCGACUGGAUUAACUCAAACGAAGAGAAUCCAGAUCACUACGGUCGAGACGACUAUGUUCCCGUUGAACGCGACCUACUGGAAGAUGCACACUUCACCGACGACUCAGAUGGUGCACUUAUGGAUGAUGAUCAUGUUCGUGGACAGCAGUACGAAGCUUUUGGUAGCCCAGAGGAGCGCGAGUUCAAUCGCCACUCCAGGGGUAACCAAGCCAACCCCCGAGAUCAUAACAUCGAUGAUCGUAAUUCAUAUGGACGCAAUCGCAACGAUCGUAACUUGGAGGGUACUAGGCGCCAGUUCGAUCGAGAACUCGAUCGCCGCAACUUAAACGACGACUUCAAUCAGCGAAACACCUCUUCGCGUGGCGGUGACACCCAGCGUUUUCCCCGAAGGGAGGAUGACACAUUCCUAGGCUCAAAUAGCCCUGAUUUUCCACCGAACUAUCAACAAACUAAUCGCCGUGGAUCGGGUUCUAACAGACCCAUGGAUCCCAAUCAAACCAGACGAAACGUACCAAAUGCCGAUGAAACUGCACCCAGAGUGGGCCAUUCUGGAGGUCCCCCACCGAACAGAACUAACUUAAAUAAUAAAAUGACCAAAAAUAUAAAUCCUGGUAGGAAGCCACAAAUCAGUUCUGGCGCUCCUAGUCAACCCAGGUCAAGUUCAAUCACAUCUCAAAAUCGAUUGGCAAGUCAAGAUCGCAGUGCGACCUCACGGAAUGUGAAGUCUGGUGCUCCCAGCCAAGGACGUGCAAGUCCAAACCAAAAUAUCAAGAAGUCAGCAGUCGCACCAAACAAACCUAUGAACACCAAUCCUGGUGCAUCCAAGCCUGGUCAGCCAAUCAAACCUAAACCACAGGCAACUAAGAACAACGCGGCCAUGGCGAAACCACGCGCUGGGCAAAAAAGAAAAGCCGAGGCCACAAAUUUAGGGGCCUCGAACCGGGCUAACAAAGCCGAGCCAAAACGCCAGAGAGCGGAAACAGAUCGCAGCUUCAUUAUAGCCGGAAUCAGCCUGCCCUACAUCAACAGCAAUAGCAAGGAGCUGCCACAACCGGAGGCGGAGUCGUACGCGGUGACCUUCUUCGAGCAAACGCCCAUCUACAACACAAACAUAUAUGCCGACGACGAUGGCCAUGUCGAUGAAGACUCGGAUGGGGACGAGGAGGACAUGUCCGAUGCUGAAUCCCUGGACUCGAACCGGUCUGGUGUUCAGUCAAAAGUUAAAGGACGCAGUUCCAAGAAGAAGGUGCGCGCCCAGCUGCGCAAGGAAUGGACCAAAAUCUAUAGAACCAAUAACUACAAGGACUGGCACGCCUGGUGGAGCGAUUACAAGUGGUGCGGCAGCGAGAUCAACAAAAAGCUGGACAAGUACGGCGACCGCAGUCUGCGCCACCGCUUUGCUCCCAUCGGCCGGAAAGGGUUGACCGAACAGACGAUCAAUCAGAUCUUCAAAGCGGGCCACAUGGGUCUGGAGAAGAACACCUUCAGCCAUUACCGCAACAUGCGUUCGAUUUUCCUGCUGAUGAACGAAACGUUCCUUCAGAGUUUGUCUGAUGAACAAUUGGAAAAGUUGCAGGACCUGAUUCGUGGCAUUCCAAAUCACUUGUGGCUCUACAAGAUCCGCAGCAUGGUCUACCUUUGGGAAAGGUACCAUGGCACUCUUAAAACCCAUACACCCAAAAAUAUCACUAGUACUAAGGAAAUACAAUCCAUUGCGCGAGCAUGGAAAAAUCCUGUCUUUCACUGGCUAGCCAAGCAGGCCUUCGAUGAGCUUAAGGCAAUCAGCGAGAUCGCGUGGCCGGAUCAUAAAAAAAUCUAUCCCGGCUUGAAAUCUUAAUUAAAUGCAAAACGAAUUGCCCAAAUGAUUGUAGCUUGAUGUGUAUUAGAUUGUAUACGGAAUAAAAGCCAAAUAAAACAAGGGUUUUGCUUCUGCAAUGGCCAA